AUGGCAGCAUUAGUUGUGAAGACCCGCAUCUGCAACCCUAUUAAAGCCUUUUGGCUCGGUCUCGAAGCUACUAAUGGGACGUGUCUCAAUGUGCUGAAAGUCUUCCUUGCCGACACAACUUUCAAUGUAAUUACUGACUUGAUUGUCUUUGCUCUGCCGAUGGUAGUGAUUCCAGUGCUUCACCUGCCCCUUAUGAAUAAGCUAAGAGUUAUUGCUCUUUUUGCAGCAGGUGGUCUGAACAUGGACAACCAAGCGGACUGA